GUGAAAUUUUAACACUCCUGUAUUAGAAAAAUCAAAACCCAGAGACCCAACCCAAUUUGAGUCGACUUUGCAGAGAUUCAACAGCGCUCAACAUCAUGUCGGGUGGCAUCGCGCGUGGCCGUCUCACGGAGGAGCGGAAAGCCUGGCGAAAGAAUCAUCCCCACGGUUUUGUGGCUAAGCCUGAGACUGCUCCAGAUGGGACCGUGAAUUUGAUGGUUUGGCACUGUAUCAUCCCAGGCAAAGCAAAGACUGAUUGGGAGGGUGGAUACUAUCCUCUUACACUGAACUUCAGUGAAGAUUACCCUAGCAAACCCCCCAAGUGCAAGUUUCCACAGGGUUUCUUUCAUCCUAAUGUCUAUCCGUCAGGAACUGUAUGUCUGUCCAUCCUCAAUGAGGACUACGGUUGGAGACCUGCCAUUACUGUGAAGCAAAUAUUGGUGGGUAUUCAGGAUCUGCUGGAUCAACCAAACGCCAAUGAUCCUGCCCAAACUGAUGGCUAUCAGCUCUUUGUUACGGAUCCUGAAGAGUAUAGACGAAGGGUGCGACAGCAGGCCAAGCAAUAUCCACCCCCUGUCUAGUGAAACACCUGAGUUUUACUACAUAUUGUUAACUGAUCGGUUGCGUAACAUUUUCUGUGCCAAAGGCUAUUUAGUAGCCUAGAGUGGCUUUUUACUGCAUCUUGUUGGUUUGCCAGUUUUAGUUUUGAAGGAUGGUUUUAUUAUUAUUAGAUGAUUAUUACUCGUGAUUUAUCUUUCAUUUUCCCUGGUUUGAUGACAGUUAAAUUUAUUAGCUAUGUCAUACUUCAUAAAGCCUAAAUGUUCUGUUUCUGGCAAUUGCAAACCAUAUGCCCUAGAUAAACGAAUGUAAUAAAUACUUAAUAUGAUUGUUUUAAUGUAAUUGUGCUGUGUGUUGAAAAGGAGAGGUUAGUGUUGCUCAA